UUUAUCUUUCUAUUAUUUUAAUAUUGUGAUGUUCCUUUGGUCAAAGACUUUCAAAAGUUAUAAAAUUCUACUGUCAUGCCUCUUAUGGUCAAAGAACUAACGCUUCCUCCCCAUUUUUCAUCCACUGAUUGCUUUCUUGCUCAAUCCAAAAACACUUCUCAACAAAUUGGACACUGUUUGAUUUGGAAUUCGGAGUCCACCUACUCCUUCAACUUUGCAACCACGUCGUCUCUGUCUUUCUAGGUUGCUGCUUUUUGAAUUCUUUUCUAUGUAAUUUUUUCCUUGUUUCUGUUCUCUCUGUUUCAUGGGUGUCUCUUUCUGCUGUACGUGUUUCCCUUCAGCUUGGUUCAAUUUACAGACAUUCAUAGAUCAACUUCAUCAGCUGCAAAUGAUAAGAAAAGCAGGAACAUUUUUGUUCCAUUUUUUUAUGUAUCUUUUGAUUAAAAAAAAAAAAAAAAGGAAACCUCUGAAGCGUGUUUUUAUUUUUCCUUAAAAAAUUAUUCUUUUUCCUUUUCUGUUGGAAGGGGUGGGUUUGAUUUGAUUAGAUAGAUAAGAAUACGAUGUGGGCUAAAAGUUGAACAGAAAUCUUGAUCUUUUUUUUUUUUGUGUGUGUCACCUAUUACUGUGCGUAAGUAUUUUUUUUUUAAUCAAAGGAAAAGCUAUUUAGUGUCUUGGUCGGAUUUGGUCACAGUACGGUUGGUUUGCAGCGAAGGUGAGGCGGGUGACGGUUGGAAAGAGAUGGCUCAGAUUCAGAACACAAGAGUCAUGGCAAGCUGUGUAUAUGCUUCUAAUCCCUACCAUGAAUGCACUGAGGCUUGCUUGCAAAGGAUCAAGGAAACAAAGCCACCGAAAAAUAAAAAGAGUUCUGAUUAUCGCAGAAGUGUUACUGAUGGUGAACUUGGCAAAAAGAUGAAUGAAGAAAAACGCUCACAGUCAGGUCCAAUUCCAUUAAACUUAGGCAGGAAAAAGAAGCUUGGUUCUAAGCCAGAACUCCCAGUUCUUGACAGUGUUCCGGCCUCAAAAAUUGGGGCAAUUUAUUUCUCUGAUGCUUCAUCACCAUUAUCAAAUUAUUCUGAAACGCAAAAGGAGGAGCCAAAAAGCAAUGAGCUAAUACCAGUUUCUGGAGAAAUACACGUCCCAAAACUCAUGCCUACGAAUGACAAAGUCCAAUCAAAGGAUGUUCCUGAGCAUCUUGCCGGCCCAAUAAGAACAAAGCAAGAUGGAGACAAGAAUGUUUCACCAAAAGUUGUUCCAAUCACCUCUCUUGAUGACACAACAGGUCUCACUCUUACUAAACCGGAUGGUGGGUCCAUGGAUUUUUGUUUCUCCGGUAAUUUCAAUGAUAAUGAAGACAGUGACGGAGAGGAGACUGAGUCUGUGGUCUCCGAGUCCCGUGUUCCUGUUGGAAGAUACCAUGUGAAAGAAAGCUUUGUUCCAAUCCUGAGAUCCAUAUUUGAAAAGUAUGGUGAUAUAGGAGCAAGUUGCCACUUGGAAUCAGUGAUCAUGCGAUCAUAUUACAUUGAGUGUGUAUGCUUUGUUGUCCAAGAGUUACACUCAACUCCAAUAAUGCAACUAACAAAGUCCAAAGUCAAGGAAUUGUUGGCUAUUCUCAAAGAUGUAGAAUCUGCUCAACUUCGUGUGGCCUGGUUGCGUAGCAUAGUUGAUGAAAUUGCUGAAAACGUUGAAGUCAUCAAUGAACACCGUGCCGCGGAGAUGGCAAAGGCUAACUCUGAUCGUGAAGUGGAAUCAUUGAAGAAAGAGCUAGAAUCAAAGAUGGAAACAUUGGCCCAGAAAGAACAAGAGGUAACUGAUAUCAAAACAAGAAUUGAAGAGAUAAGGGAGCGUUUGAGUGAGCUUGAGCUAAAGUCUUCUGAUUUGGACAAGAACAUGUUGUCACUCAAGUCCAAGGUUGACAAUUUGGAUAACAAAUCCUUGCUACAUGAACUACUGUAAUAAUGCAACUGCUUAGAUUUUUUUGUCUUUGAAUUGCAUCCUUAGAAUUACGGUAAUGCUUUAACAAGUAGAAUGUGGUACUAAAUAAACUCUUGGGAGUUAUAUUUUCUAGCUAGGUAAUGGUAUGAAUCCAUAUUGCACUCGCACAUAUGCACCCUUGCUGCUGGACUUCAAUUUUUUUAAUAUAAUUUUUUUUAUAUAAUUGUCCCAAGAACAAUGGGUUGAAGG